UUAUCUUUCAAAUGUGGAUGAUUUGCUCGUUAUUACAAGCAUACAGCUACCUUGAUUGGAAGCAAUAUGAUUGUCGCAUUUGGAUUUACUGGUGUUUCAACAUCACUUACUGUCAUGUCUGAUGUGGAAGUACUAGAUAUUACUACUUGGAGUUGGACUUCAUAUUAUGUACCAUCACUUGGUUAUCCUGGUAACGGUGACAAUCAUAACAUAGGCGGGGAUGGCAAUCAAUUGACUCUAUCAGGUACUCCUUCUAUGGCAAUUGUUGCAGGUGCUGUAACGGGUGGUCUUGUUGUCUUUGUUUUGAUCAUUGUGGCAUUAUAUAUAUUCAAUUUUCACCAAAAAGAACGACCUUCUCCAACACUACAAGAUGGGAUGGAAUCAUCCAAUAAAGAUUCAAGUAUUCCUCCAAUGGAUCAUACAACAACAUGCGAUCCUUUUACAAAAUUGCCUAAAUCAGUAUUAUCAGCUUCACCAUUAUUAUCAAACAAUCAUCUUAAAAGAAAUAGUUCUUCAUUACCAUCACCUUGGAAAGAUCACUCUUCGUCUCAAUGGAAUGUUCGACGUUCAACAACCACUUCAGGAUUGACUCAUCAUCUUCCUAUCAGUAAACCAGAUGAACCAGCCAAUUAUGAUAAAUAUACAAUUAUACGACGAGUAGCUACACAACCUCUGCAUCAUUCACUUUAUAUGGAAAAAGUUCAAAAUCAACAAAAUGAGAACAGCAAUAAUGAUAAUGAUGAUGAUGAUGGAUUUGAUCGACAGGAAUUCAUUUUACACUCCGGCGAAAUCUCUGAUCAACAUACCGUAGUGGAUACAUUUGGAAAACAAGAUGGAUAAUACCCUUUACAUAUAUAUAUUUGCUGUUAUAUUAUUAUUAUUAUUAUUAUUAUAUUUUUAUAUUCAUGUUAUUAUUUUGUAAGUGAUAACAUUAAAUAAAAAAGAACUGUAUAAUUUU